AUGGCUCCCGCACCCUCCAGUGAGCCCUACGGCAUCGGCCAUGGCGUUGAAGAUGUCGCCAACAGUCUGCUACGGCGUGAUCUUCAGAACCCUACACAUACGCAACAGGUGACGCUGGGCAUCAUCGCCGUCUACGUGGUCGUCAUUGCGAUUCUAUGGAACGUUCCCUAUGUCCGCAUGGUUCUCUGGCCCUUCAAGAUGCUGGUCAUCGCCUUUCACGAAUUUGGACAUGCCAUCACGGCUGUGCUCACUGGAGGCAAGGUCAAGUCCAUCAGCCUCGAUCCCAACGAAGGAGGUGUCACGCACAUGAUUGGCGGCAAGAGCGCCAUCACUCUACCAGCUGGCUAUCUGGGCUCUUCCAUCAUCGGCGCUCUCCUGACCUUUUGCGGUUUCAACAUUGUCGCCAGCAAAGUAGCUAGCAUCGUCUUGGCCGUCUGCUUCCUCCUGACCCUGUGGUGGGGUAAGCGAGACUGGCUGACGAUCCUUACUAUUUUGCUCGCCGUCGGCCUCCUCAUCGCCUGUUGGUUCAUUUCACACGCCCAGGCCCUUCGCUUCGUCGUGCUCUUUAUUGGCGUCAUGUCGUCGCUCUACAGCGUGUGGGAUAUCUGCGACGAUCUGAUCCUGCGUAAAGUAAACUCUUCCGACGCCAGCGUUUUCGCCAAGAGGUACGGCGGCUCCUCGCAGUGCUGGGGUGUCAUCUGGUCCAUCAUUUCGGUUUGCUUCAUGGCUGCUGGCAUCGUUGCUGGCCUGGCUGCCUUUUCUCAGUCGUUUGAGCAACAAGAGAAGGACUCUCAGAAGUUCAUUCCCACCUAG